AUGAUUUGUUAUUUUAUCAGCCCAAUCAUUUACCUUAUUUUUAUCUAUUCAUUCAUCUUUCGUUCUUUUUUUUCUUUAUUAACCUACAGAAUCGAAUUCGUAUUACAUUUUUUUUACUGUAUUUCAGUUUGUUUCUUUCUUGCUUAUUCCUUUCACGGUUUGCUUUUCAUCCAGUCUCAACUUUCUUUUUCAAUUUCGAUCUAUCUAUCUAUCUAUCUAUCUAUCUAUCUAUCUAUCUAUCUAUCUAUCUAUCUAUCUAUCCGAGUCUGUUCAUUAUCUAUCUCUCUUUUUUUAAUCAUUUCACCCCAAGCAAGCACUCGCUCUCUCUUUAUCUAUCUAUCUAUCUAUCUAUCUAUCUAUCUAUCUAUCUCACUCCGUUCCUUCCUAUCUAUCUAUCUAUCUAUCUAUCUAUCUAUCUAUCUAUCUAUCUAUCUAUCUCACUCCGUUCCUUCCUAUCUAUCUAUCUAUCUAUCUAUCUAUUUCACUUCCUUCCUUCCUUCCUUCCUUCCUUCCUUCCUUCCUUCCUUCCUUCCUAUCUAUCUAUCUAUCUAUCUAUCAAUCUCAGUCCGUUCCUAUCUAUCUAUCUAUCUAUCUAUCUAUCUAUGUUCAUCUAUUCAAUAUCAUCUGUUCCAUUUUCUCGCUGUCCAAUUAAGCUUCAUUGUCGGAUUUUCACUUAUUUUUUUGCACCCUUAA